AGGUCCAAGGCAUCCUCCAUCAAAUGGCCCUACGAAGUCGCGUCGCAGGCCACCCGCAUCGCCUCGCUGGUCUUCUUGAUCGUGGCUCUGGUUCAGGGGCGGGUGCAUCUGCUCAAUGUCGUUGCUGUUGCUUACGCCUUUGUCCUCGGCCUGCUCCGUCCCCUCAGUAACGAUCUUGCUUGGCGCCAUCUGAUUCUUCACCAAGUCAACUAUGUUCUCACCGCCACCUUCUUCGUCCUUGUGGCCGCACAGCUGCUCCCUUGCAUCCAGAUCGACACCGACCAAUGCAUUGCAGAUGUCGGCGUAAUUGGCUUCGUGUCGUCGCUGGGCGCAUCUGUCGUCGUCGCCUUGAUCACGCCGCGAGAGUGGGUUCCGCCAACCAUCAAGCACGAAAUUCCAGGCUACACCGAGCAGAAUGAAGAACCCGCCCCGGAGGAAACGUGCAGCUGGUUCAACUACUACUUCACCUAUGAGUGGCUGACGCCUCUCGUGUGGAAGGGCACCAGACGAAAGCUUGACAUGUCUGGCAUCCCCACGCUCGCUUGGUACGACGAACCAAUGUAUCUCCUCCAGAGGAUUCAACGGGCCCGCGCCGUGUGCAGAAAGACGCUGUGGACAGCAUUAAAGUUUCAGCGCAGGGAGUUGUUGCUCAUGGCCACCUGGGCCGCGGCCGCUUUCACCAUGGAGAACGUCUCCCCGUACGGCAUGUAUCGCCUUCUCGACUACAUUGCCAACCCCAGCGCUGCGCAAUACCAUCCGUUCCUGUGGCUUAUUCUCAUGUUCGUCGGACCCCUGUCCCGGUCCGUCUUGUUCCAGCAGUACGUCUUCAAUUCCACUAGACUGAUCGUGCGAGUAAAGUCCGCCAUGACCCAGGAGCUGUACCACAGAGCUCUGGCGUCAAUGGAGCUGGAAGAGGAUCCCUUUGACACCAAGGGGGGGAAUGCCACCAAGGAGAAGGAGGCCCAGGCUCAGAAAUCGACUUCUGCCGGACGCCUAGCGAACUUGAUGGCCGCCGACGUGGACGCUGUCUAUCGCGCACGAGAUGUCAUCUUGGUAUCUGCGGGUGUGCCGGCCGGCACCAUCAUCUCCCUCUUUGGCCUGUACAGGAUGAUGGGCUGGGUGUCCCUCGUGGGGACGGCCAUCUUGCUUUUGGCGACGCCCAUUUCCGUUUACAUGGGACGUCGGAUGUAUGGCGCACAGAGGCGGGUGAGGAAAGCCCAGGAUACGCGCAUCUCUCUCGUUGCUGAAUACCUAGCUUCCAUCCGCGCCAUCAAGUACUUUGCGUGGGAGGACCCCAUCACAGACCGCAUCAUCGGGGCCAGGGCGGCCGAACAGAGGGAGCUCUGGCGGGUGGCCGUCCUGCAGACCAUGGUCAACCAAGUCACGCAGUGUUUUCCGUACAUUGGCCUCCUCGUCAUGUUUGGACUGCACGUCGGCGUAGAAAAGCAUCCCCUUGACGCCUCCACUGCCUUUACUGCUGCCUUCCUUGUGAAGAACAUCCGUAGAAACAUCAUGAUGGCCAGUGCAUUCUCAAGGAACUUUGCUGCCGCGAGCGUCGCCUUUAGCCGGCUCGACAAGUACUUUAAUAGCACCGUGCCCCUUGUCCGGUACCCUGUUGGGCCACUCAGGAUCGAAGGCGCUUCGUUCCGCCGAAACAAAAAGGCCACAUUCCGCCUUGAGGACAUCUCGCUAGAUUUUGUCGAAGGCGGUCUCAAUGUCAUUACUGGCCAGAGUGGCAGCGGGAAGAGUACCCUACUGCUUGCGAUCCUCGGCGAGACGCAUCUAGAAGGCGGCAAGGUCACUGCACCCAGUGACAUCGCAUUCGCUUCACAGUCUGCUUGGCUUCAGAAUGAUACCAUCCAGGCCAACAUCCUCUUCCAAAGCCCAAUGGAUCGUGCUCGAUACGACAGGGUCAUCGAGGCCUGCUGUCUCAACAUCGACCUCAAGGAGCUGUCAGAUGGCGACCAGACCGUCGUAGGUGAGAAUGGCACGUCCUUGUCCGGGGGGCAAAAGGCCAGAGUUGCCCUAGCCAGAGCGCUCUACUCCACGGCAUCUCUCCUGCUUCUGGACGACAUAUUUUCUGCUCUCGACGCCAAGACGUCGGCUGGCGUUUGGAAACACUGCUUCUGCAGCGAUUUACUCAAAGGCAGGACCGUCGUUCUCGUCACUCAGGUACCCUGGAUCUCCUCGCAGGCAGACUUUUCUGUUCUUCUCGAGAGAGGUCAAGUCAAGAGCGCCGAACACAACAUUGGCGUAGUGCGUAGACCGAUUCAGAUUGCAGAGAUCCUCGGAGGAGACGACGAUGACAUCGAGACCGAAACAGUCCAAACAGGGACGGAAACGCCCCCUGAACCCGAUCUGCAAUCCAGCGGAGAUGCUCUGAAUGACCCGGCAAAGGUGGCUACCGAAACAUCGGCAAAAGACAUUGUCAAUCAGGAAAUGAAGGCGUCGGGCAAGGUUGGCCGGCUGGCGUCUCUCGAAUACAUGCGAUACUUUGGACACCCGCUCUUUGCCGUCUUUUGUCUGCUCGGCCUCGCCGGUUCCAACGUCUUCUUCUUUGCGUCCAGCUACUGGAUGGGCAUCUGGGUCGAGGCCUACAACAACAAUGCCCACGUGGACAUUGCCUACUACAUGGGCAUAUACGCCGCCUUGACUUUUGCCGAGAUCAUCUCGUUUGGCUUCGUCAUCAUCGCGUUCGAAUGGGGCGCGUGGCGUGCAGGCCGCAAGCUUCACAACGACUUCAUCCGCGCGGUCAUGAGGGUGCCCCUGUCGUGGUUCAAGACGAUCCCCAUUGGCCGCAUCACCAACCGCUUCUCUGGCGACAUGGCCUCGAUCGACUCGGGGCUCAGCUCCAUGCUCCGGGUGACGUUUGACUCCAUCAUGAUGCUGUUCGCCCGCAUCGCCGCCGUCAGCUCCAUCAUGCCCAUCUUCAUGAUACCCGCCUUCUUCACCUGCAUCUUUGGUGUUGUGGUCGGCGAAAUGUACACGCGGACGGCCGUCAUCAUCAAGAGGCUGGCUUCGUCGGCGCAGUCGCCCGUCUUCUCCCAGUUUGCCGACACCCUGGCCGGCCUGCCCAUCAUCAGGGCCCGGGCGGGUAUGAGCGAGACCUUUGGCCAUGAGCUGGCCGCCAAGCUGCGCGUGUGGUCGGCCGCGGCCGAGGCCAACUACAACUGCAACCGUUGGGUGGCCAUGAGGGUGGAUUUUGUGACUUCCCUGGUCGCCCUUUUUGCCGGCAUCAUUGCGCUCUCCAAGGUUGGCAUUGUUGGCGCCGGUCUGGUUGGCUUUUCGCUCAACAACGCCAACGGACUCAGUCAGACCAUUCUCAUGCUUGUGCGGGCCAUGAACGAUCUCGAGGUGGAGAUGCAGAGCUUCCACCGUGUCAAGGAAUACGUCAAGCUGGAGCCCGAAGGGAAGGACGAUGUCACUUACCCCGAGGAAGGGCAGUUUGCGGACGACGAGAGCCAUGUCAUUCCCAAGAACUGGCCCAGGUCGGGCGAGAUUGAGUUCCGCGACGUCACCAUCCGGUACGAUCCCGAUGGGCCCAACAUUCUCACGGAUGUCAACCUCAAGUUCAAGGCCGGAGAGCGAGUCGCCGUCGUCGGGCGGACGGGCUCUGGCAAGAGCACUCUGGUUCUCUCUCUCUUGCGGUUUACGCACAUUGUCUCUGGGCAGAUAUUAUACGAUGGGAUUGAUAUUUCCAAGAUUCCUCGACGCAGAUUGCGUGAGGCCCUCACAAUCAUCCCCCAGGAGGCGACCCUGUUCAACGGAACUGUGGAGUCCAACCUUGAUCCUACCGGGCGCGUCCCCAAGGAGAUUCUCGAAAAGGCGCUGGAGAACUGCAAGGGCAUCGCCUCCUUCUCCAGCGACGAUUCCUCCGACGAGACCGCUGUCGACGGCGCAGACGACGGCUCCGUCCGCGGACAAUCUCAGGGCAUUUCUCUAUCGACGCCGGUGGACGCCCGCGGAGAAAACUUUUCGCACGGACAGCGCCAGGUCUUGUCGCUCUGCCGCGCGCUCAUCCGGCAGAGCAAGCUGAUGCUGCUGGACGAGGCCACGGCGAGCAUGGACUAUGAAACGGACAAGGGCAUCCAGCAGGUUCUCCGCAACGAGCUUGAAUCUGCAGGUGGGGAUCGUACGCUCGUGACGAUUGCGCAUCGCCUGCGGACUAUUAUUGAUUAUGAUACCGUUGUUGUGAUGGGUGCUGGCAGAGUAGUAGAAUAUGGGUCUCCGCGAGAUUUAUACCGCUCCAAGGGCUUGUUUUAUGACAUGAUAUACCACAGUGGAGAGAUGGAGGAGCUGGAGGAGUUGUUGAAGGAGAGCUAA